GGCGGCUGAAUGAGGAAUCAGCCGGUGUCUAUUCUAUUCCAGCGCCUCAAUCAUAGCAUAGCACGAUCCUGUAGUAUUUUUGUGACCGUGUGACUGACGUGAUACUGUCAUUAAUCAUAAUUAAUAAAUAAUUUAACGGCAGGCAGCAGGUGCUGUCAAGAUAAAACUUAUCAUGAGCAAUUGAACCAGCCUGAAUUCUCAUCUCUAUCUUCAAACUCUCAGCCGCUCUUCCCUCUUCAAUGUGCAUCUGAAUUAACCACGGACUACCAAUUUUUGGACGUCUGCAGGUGUCCGCCGACUACCCACCCCAAGUGCCAAGCUCCUGAUUACCAAAUACUUGACUUAAGAAUUAAUACAGAGGCUCUGUGACAGAGUUGAAGAAAUAUUGAAAGUGUAAAAAUAAUGGCACAAUCUAAGACUGACGCGAGUCGUCACUCGAAAGGAAAAGUUGACAACGAAUGCUCAUCGUGGACGGAGUAUAUGCUUAUCCAUUACAGAUGGGUCAUUGUGAUUUUGUUUCUCCUCCCUAUGAGUGCAAUCUAUGACUUGAUCUAUUGGAUAAGGGCAUGGGUCAUCUUCAAGUUUGCUUCCGCUCCGGAUAGACAUUUGGAGAAGAUUGGGCAUGUUCAAAAGCAGGUGAAACAAUGGAACUUGGAUGGUAGACCUAAUAGGCUAUGUACUGCUAGGCCAGGGUGGCAAACAAUUUCAUUUCGUCAACCAAUAUACAAAUCCAAAUUGACAAAGAUUGAAGUAAAUCUAGUUGACGUGUUGAAAAUCGACGUGGAGAGACAGGAAGUUACUGUCGAGCCGAUGGUAACCAUGGGUCAACUGACUGCUACACUCAUUCCCCUGGGUUGGACCAUUCCUGUAUUACCGGAAUUGGAUGAUUUGACUGUUGGCGGACUUGUUAUGGGGACAGGGAUUGAAACAUCAUCUCAUAAAUAUGGACUAUUUCAGCACAUAUGCAGAGAGUUUGAAAUUGUUAGUGCGGAUGGAGAAAUAUUGAUUUGUAAUAAGGAGCAAAAUAUAGACUUAUUUAAUUGCAUUCCUUGGUCUUAUGGCACACUUGGAUUUCUAACUUCCGUGAAACUUCAGAUUAUUCCUGCACUUAGAUUCGUGAAAUUAGAAUAUUUCCCAGUGAAAUCUCUUGAAGAAAUAAAUGCUACACUUCGUGAGAAAACAUUUCUUCCAGAAGGAAACGAAUAUGUCGAAGGAUUAAUGUUUACAAAGGACACGGGUGUCGUGAUGGUUGGUAAUAUGAUAAAUUCUGCAGAACCUGGAAAGGUAAAUGAAAUCGGACGCUGGUUCAAACCCUGGUUUUUUAAGCACGUGGAAGGUUGUUUGUCCAACGGACCAGGACAAGUAGAGUAUAUUCCCAUAAGAGAUUACUUUCAUCGGCAUUCUCGCAGCAUUUUCUGGGAGAUUCGUGAAAUAAUUCCAUUUGGAAAUCAUCCUGUGUUUCGAUACCUCCUAGGCUGGCUAGUUCCUCCCAAAGUUAGUCUCCUUAAGCUCACCCAACCCGAAGCUGUAAAAAAGUUGUACGAACAGAAUCACAUGAUACAGGACAUGCUGGUGCCUAUGAAUAAGUUUAAAGAAGCUAUUGAAGUAUUUGAUACGGAAACUGGGAUAUAUCCUUUAUGGUUGUGCCCCUUCAAACUCGAAAACAAAGAAGGUCUCAUAAAUUCUUCAAAGACUGUCGACCCUACUCUCAUGUAUAUCGAUAUUGGUGCAUAUGGCGUUCCUAAUUCUCCUAAUUUUCAUCCAAGGGAAACGACCCGAAAAAUUGAGUCAUUUGUUCGCCAAUGCCAAGGAUUUCAAAUGUUGUACGCAGAUACAUAUGCUACUAAGCAGGAAUUUCGGCAAAUGUUUGAUCAUUCUUUAUACGAUCGAGUGAGAAGCAAGACCAAAUCAGCGGAAGCAUUCCCAGAAGUUUAUGAUAAAGUUUCUCUAUCUGCAAGAGCUUAAUUAAUGUAAGUUCUCUACAUGUUCUCGAAUAAAUUUUAUUUGGGAUGGCAAGAAAUAUUCCAAUUGAUAUGAUUGAAAUAAAUGAUUUUUUGAAGACACACA